UCACUCUUCCACGAAUUUGCUUUCAUCAUCAAGUGGCUCAGGGUCAGAGACACUCAAGAAUUUAUGGCAACGACUAAAAGAGAAAGCACUUUGGGGAAAGAGAAGAGGGGCACUUCUCCAAAACUUUCCAUCACUCAUGGCCAAAGAAAACCCUCUCCAGUUUCCACUGAAAAACAAGUACCAAACUAUCUCAAACCUACAAUGAGCUCACGCACUGAUGCUAUCAAGAAUUUAAAGAAGCCUGGGCCAGAAGACACCUCCCAAAGGCCUAAUCUUCUCAGAAGAAGGUCUUUUGAUAGGCCUCCAUCAGCUGCUCGAGUCCACAAGGCACUUAUCUCUCCUGGUCGAGAGAAACCAACAGCAUCCCGACCUGUUUCUUUUUCCUCGAAAUCCACUACUGCACCCAAGGCAACCUUGGAAAGGGAUGUCAAAAAGCCAAAUGCAGGAAAACGGCAGACGUUAUCUUCGUCUAGGAGCAUGAAGAAGACCCAUAGUCCCACCACUAAGAGGGGAAGUACUUCGUCGGCUUCAAAGAAACCUCAAGGUAGUCAUGAUAAAAAAGAAGCACAGAAUCUUGAAACCAAGCAUGAAAAUAAAGAAAAUUUGAAUCAUCAAGUUGAGGAGGUUUUGAAAGAUGAUCAGGGUGAGAUAGAUGCUAACGAAAUACCGAAAGCUGAAGAAAGUGAACAUCCGGAUGUUGUAGAUACUAAUGAAGUCAAAAGUAUUGAAGAAGGACAAGAUACUACUGAUAUUUCUAGUACAGUACUUUCGCAAGAACAAAAUGUGCCUCAGACUGAAGAAGUAGAAGAUAAGUUUCAUGAAGGAAAAUCUGAUCAUACUCAACAUGAUGAAGAUAAGGAGAAUCACAGCGAAGAGGAGAUCGAUGUUGGUCACGAUCACCAGGUAAGAUUCCUCAUGAGGAGGCCAAAACAGAAGCUGAAGAUGAAGGAGAAGGAAGGAGAAGGAGAAGAUUAUGCAACUGACGAGGUGGCUGCUACUAAAGAAAUUGGAGAAGAAAAGCAACUUGAAAGCAGGCAGGAGGAUGAUGAAGAGAGCCAGCAGGGCCUUGAAUCGAGUAAAGAAGAAAUGGUCGAAGAAUUAGAGGCAGAGGCAGCAAAUGUGGUCGCCAAAAGCCAAGUACAAGCAAGGAAUGGGAGGAAGGAAUCUGCAACACCGUACAAUGAUGUGAUCGAGGAGACAGCCAGUAAGCUACUUGAAGAGAGGAAGAACAAGGUGAGAGCACUGGUUGGGGCAUUUGAGACUGUCAUAGAUAAAGAAACUACUAACGCCAAAUGAAUUAAUUCCUCCUCAAACUCGGUAGACAUAUAAAUAAAUGAACCAUUUCCUGUGAUUCACACUCACUUGUAAACACUUUGUAUAGCUUAUAGAUUUCUCAUCAUCAACAUCAUGUGGAGAAACGAGGUUGCCAUUGAGUUUUUGUUUAUACUCUUUACAAUUUCUUUCAGCUGUUGUAUUUUCUCCUUCCUACUAAUCUUCCCCUGAUUCUCUUUGUUCUUGCAAAAAAUUCAAUAUACGUAGCAAAAAUUUGAAAGGAACCGAAACAUUUUGAACAUUUAUCAUGAAAUGUUACUUAGUGCAUCAUGACAGUAUUCAUUUUAUCAUCAACAAAUUGCAUAGCCAAAGAAGAAGUAUUUUCUCAUAAAAUGUGUCCUACAUAAAACAUUACCAUCCACGAAACAGAGUGGAAAAUCAUUUU